AUGAAGGAUGGCGAUUGGGUGAUGUAUACGUUUAAUAUGCUCGAAACACAAAAGAAAAACAAAGAGGAUGUCAAGACGAAUAAGAAAUUUUCUGAAAAGGAUCAAGAAGGCUCUUCCAAGAAUAUAUUACAUGACAAACGAGUGCAAAAAACUAUUCAUGGGAGCAAAGGGAGCAAUUCUCAACUUCCCAUGAAAGAGGGAAAGAAUGCAGACAACCAUGAACAACAAAUUAUUCAGGGUGAAUUUGAGAGUCGUACUGAUGAUAGACCACUGAAUAAUCCUAAUCUUACCUUAAAGGACAAUAACAUUGACAAUACGUGUUUGUAUCCCCUCCUUCAUGCUUGCGAGGAGUUAGAAAGUGAGAAAUUCAAACAAGGCAGCCAAAACAACGUAAGACAGGAUCAAAAGAAUUCUUUUGAGGAGGAAUUUCCUAACCAACAACAAGAAGAUAUUGAUGGUGAGUCAGAGCUCAAUAAAGUUACAUGUGAAGAUGGUCGCACAGAUAAUUAUGGUCGUAGUUUAAACGACAAUACUGUCAAUUGUGGCUCAAAACUUUUGACAAGAGAUGAAAAGGAUGGAAACUAUCAUAUCACUCGAGGAAUACCCAGAAGUACUAAAUUUCGUUCCAUCGAUAAUCUCUAUAAGUAUACUUCAAGGGUCUCACCAAUUGAAGAUGAAUAUAGUUGGAAUUGUCCAACUAAAGAAAACUCAAAUAUGAAUUAUUUGACAAACAAAGAUUCAAGUAUCAAAACAAACAAGAUGAGUGUUGAUUGUGAGAGAAAAGACAGAAACAACAAUGGAGAAAAGGAUGAUGCGACUUCUUCCCCUUAG